GGCCAUACACACUGAUCACAAACGAAGUGCUUCUUCUUCUCUUUCCUUUCCUUGCUAGAUCAUGGAUCCCUACAAGCAACGCCCUUCAAGUGCUUACAAUUCCCCUUUCUGGACGACAAAUGCUGGAUUACCGGUUUACAACAACACUGCAUCAUUGACUGUUGGAAACAGAGGUCCAAUUCUCCUCGAGGAUUAUCAUUUGAUCGAGAAACUUGCCAACUUCACUCGUGAGCGGAUCCCAGAACGUAUUGUCCAUGCAAGAGGGGCGAGUGCCAAGGGGUUCUUUGAGGUCACACACGACAUCACCCAUCUCACCUGUGCCGAUUUCCUCCGAGCCCCAGGAGUCCAGACUCCAACCAUUGUUCGGUUCUCGACUGUUAUCCAUGAACGUGGAAGCCCCGAAACGAUCAGAGACCCUCGAGGUUUUGCAACCAAGUUUUACACAAGAGAGGGUAACUUCGAUAUCGUGGGGAACAAUUUCCCCGUCUUCUUUACUCGCGAUGCGAUGGCAUUCCCGGAUGUUAUUCACGCGUUUAAACCCAACCCCAAGUCACACAUCCAGGAGGAUUGGAGAAUUCUCGACUUCCUCUCGCACCAUCCCGAGAGCUUGAACACGAUGACAUUCUGGCUCGACGAUGUCGGUAUACCCACCGAUUACCGUCACAUGGAAGGUUCGAGUGUUAAUACUCUCACUCUCGUUAACAAAGAAGGCAAAAUGCACUAUGUGAAGUUCACAUGGAAACCGACCUGUGGAGUCAAGUGUCUAAUGGACGAUGAAGCCAUCAAGAUCGGUGGAGCUAAUCACAGCCACGCCACUCAAGAUCUCUACGACUCAAUUCAAGCUGGUAACUUCCCUGAAUGGAAGCUGUUUCUGCAAGUUAUCGAUCCUGAUCAUGAAGAUCGGCUCGAUUUCGACCCACUCGAUGGAACCAUGACUUGGCCAGAGGACAUCAUUCCGCUGCAGCCGGUUGGCCGGAUGGUCUUGAAUAAGAACAUUGAUAACUUCUUUGCUGAAAACGAACAACUUGCGUUCAACCCAGGUCUUGUGGUUCCCGGAAUCUAUUAUUCCGAUGAUAAGAUGCUUCAAGGUCGGAUCUUUGCGUAUUCCGAUACUCAGAGGCAUCGUCUUGGACCAAACUACCUGCAACUUCCGGUGAAUGCUCCCAAAUGCGCUCAUCAUAACAACCAUUAUGAUGGAAACAUGAACUUUAUGCAUAGAGAUGAAGAGGUUGAUUACUUCCCAUCAAGAUAUGAUCGUGUUCAACAUGCUCAGAAGUAUCCGAUUAACCCUGCUAGGGUUACUGGAACUCGCGAUAGGACUGUGAUUCCGAAAUUUAACGAUUUCAAGCAGCCAGGAGAGCGAUACAGAUCAUGGGAACCAGACAGGCAAGAACGAUUCAUUUGCCGAAUGGUUAAGAUGUUGUCCGACCCACGGGUCACCCACGAACUCCGCAGCAUUUGGAUCUCGUACUGGUCCCAGGCUGAUCAAUCUCUGGGGCAGAAGAUAGCUUCGCGGCUCAACGUUCGCCCCAAUUACUGAACGUAAAAACAUCUUGGGACGACGCUUAUUUAUGUCGAGUAUGGUGAACAUGCUAGUAUAGAAAAGGUCCGUCUCCGAGUCUGUUACACGAAUGGUGUCGGUGUUGUUCAUUUGUAUCUUUCGUUCUGUAAUAUUUCCGUAUACGCAAUGAACCUGGAACUUAGAAUAAGCGCACACACGAUGUGCGGAGUCUAUUGCGUUUCAGGUUCGGGUCUGUAAAGAGAAAGCCUAAACUUUUGUGGCACAAAUGUUAUGUAAGUUGCUUUUUGGCCAUCUAUUUGAUGCUUCUGUUCUCUA